CUAGGAUUGGAAAAUAUAAUUGUUGGAUCACUGUAUAGAUCUCCGAACGGUAGCAUGGACUUAUUUUUCCAAUUUUUUGAGGAAUUACUGGAAGAUGAUUUGAUUACAACUCAUCAAAGUAUUUUUUUGGGAGAUUUUAAUAUUCGCUUAGAGACCGAGAACCCAAGCCAAAAAAAAUUAAUAAACAUGGUAUCAGAUGCAGGAUUUACACAAAUAGUUCAAGAGUUCACUAGAGUGACAAAUACGUCAGCCACCCUGAUUGAUUUAAUUGUGACUAACAAUUACUUGCUUGAAGAAAUCACGGGUGAUUUUCCACAAAUUUCAGAUCAUCGAAUUAUAGGCUGCGUAUUGGAUGUGCAACAUGAGAUUAAAACAGAGGAAAUGAAAUAUAAACGAAAAUUUAAUAAGGAAAAUAUUAACACUAUUAUAGCUGAACUCUACGGAAAAGAUUGGGACUAUUCAACAACAGAUGUGGACCUAUUAUAUGAAAAGUUUAUGAAAAAUAUUACAGAAACUAUAAAUAAAGUUGUACCUCUUGAAAAAACUCAAACCCGCAAACAACCGUGGAUUAAUAGGUUCGUAAUCCAAGCCCGAAGAGACAGGGACGAAGCUUAUAAAAAGUUUAAAAUAACCAAAUUAAAUUCAGACUGGAAUCUGUAUAAGAAAAAAAGGAACAUUUACGCUCGUGUUAUUCGAAACGAAAAGAAAAAAUAUUAUGAAAUUACUAUUGACCAAUGCAAGGGGGAUAGCAAAAAAAUGUGGCAAACUUUAAAGCAAGUUGUAGGCAGCAAAAACAAGAAUGUUCUGUCAUAUGAUAAUAUGGAAUUUGAGGAAGAUGCUGGAUCUGUUCAAGACAAUUUUAACAAUUUUUAUGCAAAAAGCAUAAAGGAAAUAGCCGACAAAAUACCAAAAGUUGCACCGACAUUUCAAGAAUUGCCACAGUUAAGUGAUGGUCUGUCAAGCUUCAACACUAUAAGCAUUGAUCAACUUAGAAAAAGGGUAGUGGAACUUAAAAACAAGUCAACAGCGGAUGAUAUUUGUACUGUUAAGUUUUUGAAAACGGCUUUUUGUGUACUCGGAUACCCUUUACUUCACUUGAUCAAUGCAUCCCUUACAACAGGAAAAGUUCCAAAAGCAAUAAAAACUAGUGUUAUAGUGCCUAUUCCAAAAGUGUCCUCACCAAAUAAACCUGCACAAUACCGACCCAUUAACUUGUUACCAGUGAUAGACAUAAUCUUGGAAACCGAGGUUUGUGCGCAGUUACGGGAGUUUCUGGAGGCAAGAAAACUGUUGUUUAAGGGACAGUCGGGAUUUCGGGAAAAACACUCGUGCGAGUCGGCGCUGCAGUAUGUGUGUUCGAAAUGGCGUUCAUACAUUCAUGACGGGAAUAUUGUGUUAAGUGUAUUCAUCGACCUUCAACGUGCAUUUGAGACUAUUGAUAGGAAAAGACUGAUCCAGAAAUUGCAGACCUAUGGGAUUACAGACAGUGCACUAAAAUGGUUUAUGAACUACUUGAAAGACCGUUGUCAUGUGACGAAGAUUAAUAACGUGGCGUCAAAUUCAAUUGAUAGUGAAAUUGGGGUACCUCAGGGUAGUGUGUUGGGCCCGCUUUUGUUCCUACUUUAUAUAAAUGACUUGAACAGGGUUUUAGUAAAUACAUUUCUGAGCUUAUUUGCAGACGAUACAUUGCUUUAUGUGUACGGUAAGGAUUUUAGACAAGUUGUAGAUAGUAUAAACUCAAUACUGGAAAUUUUGUAUAACUGGUUAUGUGUGAAUAGGCUUAAGUUGAAUGUAGAAAAAACAAAAUACAUGGUCUUUGGGACAAAGCAGAACUGUAACACAUUUUUAGAAAAGAAAUUUUGUAUUGAGAUAGAUAAUAUUCAAAUUGAAAGUGCAUCUAGUAUGAAGUAUUUGGGCGUAGUUUUAGAUCCUCAGCUAAAUUUUUCAUUGCAUGUUGAUUAUGUUAGUAAAAAAAUUGGGAAAAAAAUAGGAUUUUUUAGGCGAAUAUCUGAGUCGUCUUCUUGUAUAUAA